AAAAGGGGCGCCACCAUCGCCCACAUGUGCAUAAUGCAGGAUCACCUGAUAGGGCUGACAGAUAAUGUACACAAACAGACUACAUUAUACAAUUGUGACAAUCUAUAAGAGUAAAUAAAAAUUGCAGCCAUACAAUAUUAAUCAAAUAUUUUUAUUGGCCGUGACAUCGUAAACACGUGUUUACAGGUUGGGCCCACUUUGGAUUUUAAUAUGAUCAGUGAUCUGAAACCAGAAUGCUCGUUUCCGUCAUGGUAUUCAAAAUUUCGUAAAGACACCCUAGAAGCUACAAUUCUUCAUAUUCCCAAUGAUGUACUCAAGUAUCUGGAAGACGAUGCAUUCUUUUUACCUGUGGAAGCAACGAAAGAAUCAUUGGAAAAUAAUGAAUGGGCAGAUGGUUCUCCUGUAAUUAACGAAGAGCAUUCGUCUGAACUUCAACCAACAUUCCCAGAGUUCAGCCAGAAGAUUCAAGACGUGAUAGAUGAGUAUGGUGCAGUCUUUAUUAAAAGCAAUUGGAAAUCACCUUCUGAUGCAACUUGGGUUGCACCCACCAAAACUCUCAAAUGCAAGACAUUAGAAGAGGUGUACUUGUUAUUGAAAAGUUCUGACAGAAUCGCAAAAGAUUUAAGUAACGUUAGGAACCAUGCUGAUAAGGAAAUUCCAUUGGAGUCCUGUCUUAUAUUGAAGCAGUGGAGAGACAUUAAUCCAUGCACAGAAUUUCGAUGUUUCGUGCUAAAAAAUGAUCUCAUAGCUAUCAGUCAACGAGAUAUAUCGCAGUAUCAUAGUUACAACGAAUCGGAAAAAUAUAAUAUCCGAACAGAUAUUAAAAGCUUGUUCAUGGAACAUAUCAAAGACAGGUUUCCACUGGACGAUUAUUCGUUCGAUGUGAUUCGUUAUAAAAAAGAUAAGGUAAAGAUCAUUGAUUUUGGCUCUAUGGACGAAUCUUCCACCAAAGGAACGCUAUUCACUUACGAAGAACUGCUAAAUCAGAUCGACGACACACCGGAAUUCCGAUUUAUCGGCGAGGAGAUUGGCAUUCAACCAAAGCCACCGAAUCAUUUUUGCAUUCCUCAAGAGAUCAAUGAAUUUUUUCAGCCGAACAACAACACGACGUUGCUGGAUAUCAUUCAAAGAUCGUCCAUUUUAUUACAGUAUAAACAAAACUAGUACGACUAUUAUUAUUAGUACAGCAUCACCGUAGCGCGGAAGUAGAGAAUCAACGAAAAGAGCAAGAGAGAUUAAACUCCAACGUUACGAGUUAAUUAAGUUUAAUUAGAUUUAUUGCGAACUACUAGUAAUAAAAUGAUAUUGCGUUUACGUUAACACGUGGUAUUGUUAUUGUUCGUUUAACGAUUUCUCCCGUGAAACCGAAAGAAGAAGCGUGGAUAGAUUUCGAGAAGAAGAGUAAAACAAUGUACAUACAUACUUCGACUGUGGUAUGACUCGGUAGAAUAACAAAUAAACGUACUCACGGGGGAACACAUUUUAAAUACAGAA